UGAUCACUUGGCCACGGGGCGGCCCCUAUACAUCAUUUUUUAAAAGAUACCUGAAAGUUCAGAUGAAAGUUCCCACACAACAUUUCAUUAUUUUCUAGGAUUAUAACGUAGAUCAUAUUUUUCUUCUCUAUACAUUUUCUCAGCCUUCUUAUUCUUAACCUAGUGCCUAUUAGGCCAAUAUACCAGUGCUUUCUAAACUGUAUUGAAUGGCAUGUUAAAUUCAGCACACUUAAGCCUCUUCAAUCCUAAGGCUAACACGAGCGUGGUUCUCCAAAAUAAGUGGCAAGCGACAUAAUGAGUACAAUGUGGACACAGUAUUUUCCUAGAUAGCUGACCAAAUUUGCAUUUGCUGUAGAGUCACUGAUUAAAUGAGAUUCUGUGAUCUUUUCGGUGUCAUGACCACAGAUCACACUAUUUUCCAGCUAUUUUUCUUACAAAGGCAUACAGCAGGUCACAAGGAUUUUAGAAAUCAGUGCAAAGCAACUGUCACUACAGGAAAACAACAGCCUGAUCCUGGCCUGCAUUUUAAAAGUUUGACAGACACGAUGCUAUAUUUUGAGUAAAAUACCAAUACAGACUUAUAAUGCUUUCACGUUGUUUAAUACUGAAAUUGUACAUCAUGAUACUUUCUAAACCUCCCAUAUAAGAAAGAACAGAUAGACGUACAAUUCCCUUUAAACAGUGUCUCUCUUAAUUUUAUUCCUUGGUAAAAACAAAUUUGUGAAUAAAAAGGUUUUCUUAGCCACACAGUAUUUAAUUCUAAAAAUUCCUACUUUCUUAUAGACCCUAUAAUACAGAACACAAAAUAUAAAAACAUUAAAACCCUUAAAACCAUCACCACGGAGGGAGGAAGGGAAGAAAAGUCAGACAAAUAUAGAAAGCUUGAAAGGCUGGCUAUGUGGAUGAUGCCAAAGGGGGAGGAUGCAGUGCGGGGGAGGGCUUCAGGAGGCUCUAGGCAAGCCCUGCGAUGACGUCACCUCACAUACAUAAUGUUUCAGCAGUCAGCACAGGCCUCCUGGUUUCCUAUUGGCGAACACCGUGUCAGCCGACAUCAGAAGAUAAUCAUCAUUGGCCAGACAAUUACAACUGGAGCAACUAGCAUUCACGGCUGUUCGCACAGACACGGGAGGCUGCUGGGAGGGAAGGCAGAGCCCAGCUGCCCCUUCUCACUCAAUGACUUUCAUGUCACUUGCCAAUCACAAGGCGAUUCUGCUCCCUUCCUGGCAGCACUUAUAAAUUAAGUCAGUGAUUAGUGAAAAUAACAGGUAAAAGUCAGACAUUUCAUAAAAGAGCAAAAUGCCUCUCUUUUCAGUAUUGUAAAAUCACAAGGGCUUUUCAGUGUGAAAUUGGAACUCAAAAAUGCUGCUGAGCCAAAAGCAGGCAUUCUCCUCUGCCUCAUGAAAUAAACUCCCAUUUACCAGAUAAUAUGAUCCAGGAUAUUUUUAACUUGACAUGCAGUUUCAAGAUGAGGCUCAGGAUGAUUCUCCAAGGGAACAUAUUUAUUACUUUGCACUUCAAUUCCUUUUCCAAUCUAUUAUUUAUGAAACUAUUUGCUAGAAAAGUAACAAGGUCUAUAGUAGUUAUCCUGUGUCUAGGACAAUGAAGAGAGGGUUAAUCAUUACUUAAAGCAGCAAUAAACUUGAUAAACUUGCUUUGGUUGAACUUUUUACUGUUUAUACCAACACCACUCCAAAACAGGGGGCACCUUUAUAUUAACACGUAACAAGGUAAUGCAUAUGGAUAAAAAGAUAUGUUUAAUAAAUACCCUUAGUUAAAGGCCUCUUAAUUGAUACUAGGUAGCAUUCUAACAAACAAAACCUCUCUCCUGGCCUUCCUCACCAUUCUUCAAAAGACAGUGUAGCUCAUUUUUGAAAGACAAGUUAUAACUCUUUAAAUUAACAAGUUUUGUUUGAGGCUAUGUUUAAGAGAUUUUUACCGACAACUGCAAAUGACUUCUCAAAAGGCAGACAGAGGACAGCUUCACAACAUUGUGUUUUUCCUCCAGAAGCUAUUUCAAACCCUUUUAAGUUAAUGAGUCUGGAAAAGGAAUGACCACAAGGUUGCCUAAACUUCUCUUGCUCCGACAGGGUCUAAGCCUUGGUUAUGGAGCCCCUUCUCUUGUCGACAAGGGAAAUGAAAAGAAAAUCUGCAUUUUCUUAUACACCUGAUUCUGGACUUUGGGGCCGUUGGGGUUUUGGGGGGGCGCUUAUAAAAUUGGGCCCCUGGGAUAUUGGGAGAAACACACACACUCGGGGAUAAAAGAAGAACGCAAGACCGCCGGUUAGGGUCAGGAAGACUAGCAAGGAAGGACUAACAGCCAGCAGGGUUUUCUGACUGCAACAUGCAAGCCAAGAGGAACGGGAGGUCAACAAGGAGAGAAAAGGCCAGGAAGGGGAAAAUCCUAGUCUGUGGCUAUGGCAUAAUAUUCAAAACGCAGGGGGAGGCCAAGGAGGUUAAGCUUCAGGUAUUAACAGGUAGUGCUGGCAAUAAAAUGGGCAGCGGUCAUCGUUGGAACUCACUGCACAUGCACUUCUCCGGCAUCUGCCCUGUGCAAAGCAUCUUUCAGGUGCUCCGCGUGACUGAGUCAGAUGAAACAAGAGCCGGGUCCUACAGAAUGGACAUGUGGAAGGCACAGGUAGACAUACACAGAGUCCUGUGCAUAAAGAAAACCAGGAAAGCUACUGCCAGAAGAAAGGAACAGAUAAAGAGCUAGGAGGAAGCAGUGGUCAGGGCCCAGCCGGGAAAAGAAGUUGGCGCAUUUUUACCAUUUUCAGUCUGGGGAGGGCCGAGGCCCUGUCUGGCUCAGUGUGUACUCGAGUGAAUGGAGAGAAGACGCGGGAAAUGGUACCUGGAGGAGGCACCGAAAGUGGCCUCAGAGAAAAGGCAACAAGUAAAUAAGAGGCAGCAUGGCCCAGGGUCGUGGAAGGGGCUGGGCUGGCGGCCAGUGGAUGGGGGCAGCCGGCUCCAGCAAGGCAGGUUCGACGAGGGUGCCGCAAGCUGGGGACGCGGCAGCCGACGGAAAACACGAGCACACGGGGCCAGCGAGGGAGGCAGAGCGGCACGCGCGGGGUGGCCGGAGGGGUGCUGCACAGCUGCAGAGGCGCCCGGGCCCCCGCGCCCCCGCUCCGCGGCUGGAGGACGUGCACCGGGGGAGGCCGGCGGCGGGCCCGGGCGCGGCAGCCGCAAAGGCUAAGGCCGCCCUCCGGCCCCCGGGCCCGCGCCCCUACCGCCCUCCCGGCCUUCGAGCGGCCCGCCUUCCGGCCCCGGGCCCCCGCCACCCCGAGCCAGGGGAGCGCCCAGCCCGCCGCCCCGCCCGGCCGGGCCCAGGCGCGCGCGGCCGCCGCAAAUGGCCAGCGGGGCCCGGCCGGAGGCGGCGGCCGAAGCGCCCGGCGCUGGUCUCGGCUCAGGGGCCGGAGGGAAGAGGAAGAGGAACCCCUCCCCGGCGCCCGCCCGCGGCUCUCCCUCCCGGUGCAACCCCCUGCCCCGGCCCCGGAGUCUCCGGUUUCCCCUGGAGGAGUGGGGGAGGGAAGGGAUUUUCCAAAGGACUGGCGGAGGGAGCACAGUAAACAAGAGAGAUGCUUUCCGCCAGGAGAAGUUUGUCUAGGGAAGAGCCCCCAACCACUCUGCGGAUCGAGGGGUUUUUAAAUCUGUGUCUUCACUCCAAUCAGCAGCCUCCCACCGAACUGGAGCGGAGCGUGUCCAAAAGGCGUUUCCGUAAAACAGAAACUUGGUAAUGGCGUGGCUCCACGCGCUCGGGUUCAUUCAUUUUUAUGACUGUAUUCCUUGUCCCCUCCUUCCCGCCCCGUCUCGUUAUGGAACCGGAAAGGGAUCCGCGUGGGGACAGGGGUCCAGGAAAGGAGGAAGCGGCAGAGAGGAGGGCAGUGAAGUAGGAGCGCUGCAAGGAGAAAGGAAGGACACGAGGGAUGGGGCGAGGGCGAGGACCAGAGAGCCGAGGCCGGCGGGCGGGAGAGGGUUAAAGGGAGCCGGAGAGCUGGUCCGCCCUCCACUGCCUUGCACACUCGGCUUGCAGGAGGCCAAGCCCGCAAACCCAAAUCUAGAUGAAAACCAGGAGGCAGCACAGGUAGGGAAUCUGGAAUGUGGCAUCUCUCCCGCCCUCCCUGUCUUGCAGACAUCUCUACUGGAUGUAUACAUAUAUGUCCUGUGUUAUAUAAUCGAUGUUAAAGAUGCACGCGGAGCCUCGGUUCACACAGGGGCACCCAGUGACCCACGCGCCUCCUGCAGCCAGGCGUCUCCUGCGCCCGGGAGACCCGGGACCUCGGCCAUGGGCUCGCUGCUGCCCGCGAUCCACCGCUCCAUUCGCGCCCCAGACAGUGAAUACCGACAUGAAGGCACACCGGGGAGACGCGCAAGGCUCCCGGGAACAGUAGCACGCGAAAGCA